UACAGGGAAGAAAAAAAGAAGGAAGAAAACGAAUUGCAAUGCCAGAUCUACGAUCUCCGCAAGCGCCACCAGCGCCGCCACCUCUUCCACCGCCGCGAUCCGCCGCAGACUUGUUCGGAGAUCCAGUGGAUUCCUAUCCGCCAUGGCUAAACCCAACGGCAUUCGUAGACCAAGAGUUCGACCCGGAAUCCUACAUCUCCGACCUCCGAACCUUCGUCCCCUUCGAGACCUUGCGAUCGGAGCUCCAAUCGCACUUGAGUUCCCUGCAGCGAGAGCUCGUCGACUUAAUUAACCGCGAUUACUCGGAUUUCGUCAGUCUCAGUACCAAGUUGAUCGACAUCGAUGCCAGUGUUGUUCGUAUGCGAGCCCCACUGCUCGAUAUUAAAGAGAAGAUCUUGGCUUUCCGAGGUGCCGUUGAUGCUUCUCUCAGCGCUCUUAAAAGCCGGCUCAAGCAGCGUGCUGAUGCCAAUCAGACUAGAGAAGUUCUCGAGCUCUUGCUUGAUACCUUCCAUGUGGUUUCCAAGGUUGAGAAACUGAUAAAGGAGCUCCCAAGUAUACCUGUUGAUUGGUCUAAUGGGUAUGUCAAUUGUGCUUCAAAGGAUCAUUUAAGCAAUGGGAUCUCCUUCCAACAUACUGAAAAUAGCACAAGUCUUAGAGAGACUCAAAGCAUGCUGCUAGAACGCAUUGCUAGUGAGAUGAAUAGGCUUAAGUUCCACAUAACUCAUGCGCAGAAUAUGCCUUUUAUUGAAAACAUGGAGAAGAGGAUACAGAGUGCUAGCUUGUUAGUGGAUACCAGCUUAGGACACUGUUUUGUCGAUGCCCUUGAACAUAGGGAUGCAAAUGCCAUAUACAAUUGUUUGCGUGCAUAUGCAGCCAUUGAUAACACCAGAAAUGCUGAGGAGAUAUUUCGAUCCACGGUGGUUGCGCCAUUUGUUGAGAAAAUCUUUGAUGAUUCAUCAGGGGCUGGUGGGGAAUCUGCUGAUGAACUUGUGCAGGACUACAAGAUAAUCAAGCAAUACAUUGAAGAUGAUUGUAAAUUUUUGCUGGAUAUAUCUACUAGAGAAAAUUCUGGUUUGCAUGUUUUUAGUUUUGUGGCAAAUUCUAUACUUAAGGAGGUUCUCUCUGCAAUCCAAAAAAGAAAGCCUGGAGCCUUUUCUCCGGGAAGGCCUAAAGAGUUUCUAAAGAACUACAAGUCAAGCUUGGAUUUUUUGGCUCAUUUAGAAGGUUAUUAUCGCACUAGAUCUGCAGUUGCUAAGUUUCGUGCUGAGGCCGUAUAUAUUGAGUUCAUGAAGCAAUGGAAUAUUGGAGUCUACUUUACAUUGAGGUUUCAGGAAAUUGCCGGAACUUUGGAUUCUUCACUUGUUGUGGCUAGUCUUCUUCCUGUUGAAAGUUCAUCCUCUGAUUUGAAAAAUUCUCAAGCAUUAUUAUUAAAGCAAAGUAUCACUCUGUUAGAGUGUUUAAGUUCCUGCUGGCAAGACGAUGUUCUUGUAAUUUCUUGUGCGGACAAGUUUCUUCGCUUAACUCUGCAACUUCUUUCCAGGUACUCCAACUGGUUAUUGACUGGACUAGCUGCUCGUAAAUCUAAAAAUACUGGGUCCAGUGCUGGUUCUGAAUGGGCUAUUUCUGCUGCCGCGGAUGACUUCAUUUAUAUAAUUCAUGAUUUGCAUUAUCUAGUGAACGAGGUUUCUGGUAACUACCUUGGACAUGUUCUUGGGCUUCUCAAGUCAUGCUCCACAGAAGUACUUGAUCUUGUAAAACAAAGCAUUCUACAAGGUGGGAACUCCCUGAAAGAUCUUCUGCCCCAUAUCAUGAAUUCAAUAACUGACACACUGGUUGAGAAAUCAGUGGAGGACUUGAGACAACUAAAGGGAAUAACUGCCACAUACAGGAUGACUAACAAACCUCUUCCUACUAGGCAUUCACCCUAUGUCUCAGGUGUAUUGCGUCCAAUAAAGACUUUCUUAGAGGGGGAGAGAGCUACCGCAUAUCUAACAGAACAUAUCAAGAAUGACCUCUUGCAACGCACUGCUUUUGAAAUAACUGGCCAUUAUAACGAAUUAGCUACCGACCUUGUUACUGUGGCCCGGAAAACAGAAUCUUCCCUUCAGAAAAUACGUUUAGGUGCACAGAGGCGAGCUGGAGCCAGCUCUGAUGUGUCAGACCAUAAUGUGUCUGAUACUGACAAGAUCUGCAUGCAACUAUUCCUUGAUAUCCAGGAGUAUGGACGGAACCUAGCUUCUCUUGGGGUUGAGGCGGCUAAUAUACCAGCAUAUCGAUCAUUGUGGCAGUGUGUGGCUCCUCCAGACAGGCAAAAUUCAAUAAGCUUCUAGUCCGGCUGUCAGUCAUUUUUGGUUGUAUAAUUCAGAACAACACCACUCCUUUGAAUGAGUAGUUUGUGAGCUCUGGUGAUAGGUUACUAUACUUCUGGAAAACAAUCACAUCGAUCCAAGAGAGACAAAGAAAUCACACAAUUUUUGUUUGUUUCUUCAAAAUUGUCCUUGCUGGUCUGAUUUGUUAGCACUAGUUCCCUUGUAGCCUUACCUGCCAUAUUGUAACUAGUUGAGUCAUCCGGCUUCAAUAUCUUGGUCUACACUGUCGUGCAAGCACUGUAUUCUACAUAUACCUUUCAAAAAGUAAUAACAUCAGUUGAGGUCUACUGUUA